GCAGUUGCUGCUUUGUGAGCACAUUGGGCAAAUACCGAGUUCGGAGGGGGGUGGGGGGGGUGCGGACUGCGCGCCGUGUCUUUCUUCCCCUCCCCCCCGUCUCACCUUGCGUGAGGGCAGUAGGCCCACCGGUCCAUCCCCAACCUGAUGGCUGUAUCAUUCCCUUACCCACCGGUCCGGCGGUGGCUUUUGUCUGGCGGCAGCGGCCCGUCUACUAAAGGCCAGGCAGCUCUGCCCUACUUUUGCUGGUGUUCACCCCACUACCAGUCACUUGGUAGGCAGCUGUGGCCUUCCCUAUGUUGCUGCUCCUCCCCCCUCUCCCCCCCCAACCCGCAGGGCACAGACCGUGUUCUCUGGGGCAGAGGGAAGGAGAGCAGGAGUGACUCCAGCCCGCAUCCAUGCUCGAUCCUUUUGCAUGGGAUGGGGAGCUGGCCCAACCUAUCAGCUGCCCUGAGGUGUGUUGCUUCCUGUCCUCUUCAGGGUGAUCCCCUGCCAUGGUACUCUUGCUGAGGUGGCCAAGGCCUGGAGUGUUGGCAUCUAGGGAGCAAAAGGAGGAGGGUGGGAAGAUAUGAGCAGGCCAGCUAAGGGGUUUGUGCUCACAGGCCCUCAUAUGCAGUUGGGCACAGGAGAGGAAUUUAUUGGUAUGGGUAACUCCUGCUUUGUGUCCUGUUUGUGUCUAUUUCCACAUUGCCUCUUGAUCCUGGUUCCUCCUUUCCUGUUAAAGGAUGUGGGCCAGAUGUGUCACAGUCACAGCUACAUAAGACUUGCCAUUAGUAAGCGUUACAGUGGUAACAACAGGUUACUUGAGGACAGGACUACAAACCAACCUUUCUGCCUGUUAACCUACUCUUCCUAGUUUCCUUACCUCCUGGCUAGGUGGCUGCUGAGAAUGGGAAGCUGGGACAGGGCUUUGUUAUUGGGCUUGCUUGUAUUGCAUGAAAAGAAGUUCCUUCAACAACAAGAGCAAACAGAAAUUACAGCAGGGAGGUGAACUGGUAGUAGAAACCCUUCUGGAAGCAACCAAAUGUAGAGAGGGAUCUGGUGCACCUUCAAGUCUGAUGGAAAGGAUCUGAACUCUGUGAUGUGAAAUACAUGCUUUAAAAAUAACCAAGAGAAAAAACAAUGUGAUGUCUACAAUACCAUUUAAUGCUACCUGGGAGUCACUCUGGUGAACCUGCUUUGAAGCCUCUUACAGUUGUAUUAAAUCAGGAGCAUGAGUUCUACAGAGCUUUCUUGGUUGUGUUCAAAGGUAUAUGCAGUCCUGUGAAACAGAAACUUAGGGGUUUUUUGUAUUGAACUAUGUAAGGGAAAGUUCACAAGGGCCAGCUCAGUUCUCUAGCUACUGAUUAGCCUUAUCUCAAAUUGGGUAAGUGUUGAAUGCUUAUAGUAAAGCAACAGAUCAAAACAAUAGCCUCUGGGGUGGCAGUGGCUGGUGAAUUGGAGAGGCUGUCCUGUCUUGAGAGCAGCUGUUUUUGUUUCAAGGAGAGAAAAGAGCUGGAUGUGAGGGAAAGGAGAAGGAUAUACGGGCCUAGAGGAGGGAGGAUGACUUUGCAUUGAAAUGGCCUUCAGAGCAAAUUGAAAUUGCCCUUCAAAGCUAAUGAUUUCAACUUAACCUUUGGAGACUUGCUCUUUUAAUAUUUAUCAGACUUUCCUUUAGCAAUUCCUUUGGCAGUUAUAUCACAAUGUCCAGUGGAACAUGGGUUUGGGUUCCUAUCUGACUGCCUUGGUAUUUAUACCUAAGCCUGAUUUCUCUGUGGUGAUUUGGCCUAACUUGUUUAAGGAAUUUAUUUUUAACCUUAUACUAGUGUCAUGGUUUUAUGAUUUCUAUUAUCAGUAUUCCACGUCAUAAUAUCAUGUAGAGCACUGGAACUUAAAGAGUUAAUGCUCCAAUUUUGUGGAGUGUCAAUCUUUCUGGGUACUUGGUUCUCAGAAGAGAAGAACUACAUUUCCCAGAAGACUUUCACAGCUUGUCUCUGUGGUGUGUGCUCCCCAGUCAUCUCACCUUCAGCAUUAGAGUAAGGCCUUCAGUUUUGGACACUCUCAUUUUAUUUGAUUUAUUGACUUUAAUUCCAAUUAUAUUAUAUUGUGUUAUCUUGCAUUCCAAUCUCUCAUUUACUAAAUUACUUUACUCCCUUAGCUCAUUGCUGCUGUUUUGUUUUUAGGCUCAUCUCCCUACUUUUUUUUUUUCCUCCCCUUUUCCCCCUUCCCCCUCUCCCAGGGUGUGGAUCCAUGGGUCCCCUUGCCCCAAUUAGUCAUGGAACGGGCUGAUCUGGCCCAAUAAACCGUUGACAGCUAUUUAACUUUAAAGCAAGCUAGGCUAAAUCAGUUUGCAGCACUAAUGAUAUCUUGGAAAUGUUCAAGGAUUUUAGAGUUCAAGAUUAGUUACUAAAAUCUAGGGGAAGCUAAGGAGAAUCCCAACAGCAAAAUAUUGUCACUUACCAUAAUGUGUUUUUUUUUUCUUAGCUACAGUUCCAAAAGGAUAAGUUAUCUAAUGUUUUAUCUUUUUUCCAUGUACUUUUAUUUAAUGUUUUCCUCAUAAAACACCAUUUUUGGUAUGUUCUGUAUUUGUUGCUGGUGUCCCCCUAGUGAUAGUAAUCAUAGCAAAAUAAUAUGCUGAUUAAUAGUGCUUGAGAAAUGUUUGUAUCAUAGAAUACUACUAAUACUAAUUAUUAAUAAUAUUUAAUUGUAAUUUUAGAAAUGUUUAGUGCCAGUACUUGGAAUAGGCUUUUUGUGAAAUAAUAAAAUUAUACUUUUUUUUUUUUUUUUGGUCUCUUGUUUGGUAAAAGCACAGGAGCAGGACUCUGGAAGAAACAGUGUUGUCUUCAGAUUUGCAACAGCUUCAUAUGACAUGGAUUUUCUAUUUUGUACAUACAUUGUUUUGUAUAUACUGUAUAUGAUGACUUCGGUGGGCGGUGAACGUACCCGGGGCACUCGGGACAAAAUGCAAACUUCAACCAUGCAGCCAAUACAACAACAGAAACAAGUAAUACAGGCAACAGCAGAACAGAUUCGUCUUGCUCAGAUGAUCUAUGAUAAGAACGACGCAGAUUUUGAAGAUAAAGUGAAACAACUUAUUGAAGUGACGGGGAAAAACCAGGAUGAGUGCAUAGUGGCACUACAUGAUUGUAAUGGGGAUGUGAACAGAGCAAUCAACAUACUGCUAGAAGGAAGUUCAGACACGACUUCUUGGGAGACUGUAGGGGGAAAGAAGAAAAGCCUUGGAAAGGAAAGUUCAGAAAACAAAGAGCACAGAGAAAAACGAGGAGACAGAGAAGUGAUUCGUGGGCGGGGAAGUUCCAACAGACGGGGAAGAGGAGGCAGCCAUGGCCGAGAGUUUAAAGCUGAAGAGAAUGGAGUGGACAGAUCUUCAGAUCGUGGGAAACAUGGCCGUGGGAGAGGAUUUGGACGUGGCAGAGGCAGAGGAGCAGAGAGGUUUUCCGCCCAAGGCAUGGGGACAUUUAACCCUGCAGACUAUGUGGACUCUUCUGCCAAUGACUUUGGGACAAAAUCAGAGAUUUGGGAGAUUGGUCAGAAUGAUGCAGAUGAUGGCACGGGAGCAUGGAAAAAUUCAGUAGAAGAAUGGACAGCAGAAGACUGGAAUGAAGAUCUUUCUGAAACUAAAGUCUUCACUGCUUCCUCUGUUCCAACUGAGAAUCAUGUGAUUCCUGAGCAAAGCAUUGAUUUGGUAGCAUUGCUUCAAAAGACUGUGACCUCCACUCAAGAGACAGAAGGCAACUCGUUUGAAGCUCCUCAGCAGAAGAUCUUUGGCCAAGCCCUAGUCUUCACAAAUACUCAGCACAGCACUCAGAUGGUAUCAGGAACUGGCAGUUCCAGUGCUGUAAACUCCUGUUCUUCUCAGAGUCUGUCUGCAGUUCUUUCUUCUGGCUUUGGAGAACUUGGAUCCUCUAAAUUGGCAAACUCUACUGGAUCCCAAAUUUUGGAACAACUAAAAUCGCCAGAUCUGGGUCAGUUUGCCUCUCAACAAAACAAUAGUAACUCUACCAAUGCUACCAUAACUGCCACAUCGUCUUGGGGUCUAAAACCACCCAUUACUCAGUCCUCAGUCCUCAGUCAGUUUGACUUUAAAUCCCAGCCUGAACCAUCCCCAGUUCUGAGCCAGCUGACUCAACGACAGCAACAAAAAAUGCAGGCUGUACCCGUUCCUCCACCUGGACUGGAGUCCUUCUCCUCCCAGGUAAACCUCCAAGAGCCCUCACCAGUAGACACCUCUACAGCUAUCAGCAAAAUGCUACAGCUUCCCAGUAUAUCUUUGGAAAACCAGACAGUGACUGCCCAUCAAACCCAGCAGAAACAGAUAAAACAACCAAAACGGAGGAUAACUCCAGCAUCCAAGAUUCCUGCCUCUGCUGUGGAGAUGCCUGGAGCAGCUGAUAUGGCAGGGUUAAAUGUUCAGUUUGGAGCUCUGGAGUUUGGAUCAGAGCCUGCGCUAUCAGAGUUCAGAUCAAGCAGUGAGAAUACCAGCCAGAUGACUAACAAUACCUUGUACUCAAAAUCUGUAAAUGAUCCUUUGAAUACCUCUUUGCCAAUAUCCAGUACGGUACAAGAGUCCACAUUCACAACCUCUUCCAGUCUGUCCUGCUCAUCCCAGAACACUAGCCCAGUAACAACUUCCUAUGACCAGACUUCUGUGCAUGGUAGGAUAUCAUACCAAAGCUCCAUGGCUCCAUCUGAACCAACACCUGUUGCAGUUACGAAUGGACACAGUGGUGUUAGAACACAGGCAACUCUUGACACUACUUCUUCAGUUCCAGCAUCUAAGACAGAACCUUCUCCCUCACUGCCUUCUGCUGGUUCUCUGCCUAGCGUGGUACCCACCACCACUUCACUUCUGCCUUCAGCAUUGCAGCACAUAGCAACAUUGCCCAGCUUGCCUCAGUCCAGUGAAUUGGCCAGCAGCUCACUUACCCAGUUAAGCAGCUCCCUUUCCAAUCAUCAGAACAGUCUCUCCCCUGCCUCAGCUGCCACAGUGUUGUCUUCAAGCACAUCACAUGCACACACUAGUGUUGAGAACACAACUUCACUCCAGCCCUCAACAACCUUUUCAACUGCUUCAACCUCAGCCACUAGCACCACCUCUUCAGUUGUCAGCAUAUCAAGCAGUAUGAACACUACAAACAGCCUUGGCCUGAGUGUUACCAGUGUGUCUAUACCAGCUGCUACUGCACGAGCAGCUCCCUUAGUGUCUUCAGGCAAAGCUCCUCCAAACUUGCCCCAGGGUGUACCACCCUUGUUGCAUAAUCAGUAUAUUGUGGGACCUGGAGGACUUCUGCCUGCCUACCCACAGAUUUAUGGUUAUGAUGAUCUCCAGAUGCUUCAAUCCAGGCUGCCAAUGGAUUACUAUGGAAUUACAUUCCCCACUCCUGCAACCUUGACAGGCAGAGAUGGGAGCCUUGCUAACAACCCAUACUCAGUUCUUUCCUUUGCAGGUGAUGUAACAAAAUUUGGCCGUGGGGAUUGUACCUCCCCUGCUCCUGCUACCACUCUAGCCCAGCCACAGCAGAACCAGACACAGACUCACCAUACGACUCAGCAGCCCUUCCUCAACCCAACCCUGCCACCGGGGUACAGCUACACUGGGUUACCUUACUAUGCUGGGAUGCCAGGCAUACCUAGUGCAUUCCAGUAUGGGCCAACCAUGUUUGUACCUCCAGCAUCUGCUAAACAGCAUCCCGGAGUCAAUUUGAACACUGCCUCGACUCCUUUCCAGCAAGCAAGUGGCUAUGGGCAGCAUGGCUAUGGAGCAGCAGGCUAUGAUGACUUAACGCAGGGAACGGCAGCUGGAGAUUACAGCAAAGGAGGCUACAGUGGGUCAUCUCAAGCACAAAACAAAUCUGCUGGCACUGGACCUGGGAAAGGUGUUUCUGUAACCUCAAGUAACACAGGUGUGCCUGAUAUCAGUGGCUCAGUCUAUAACAAGACUCAGACGUUUGACAAGCAGGGAUUCCAUGCUGGCACACCACCUCCUUUCAGCAUGCCCUCUGCUCUUGGAUCUACUGGGCCUCUGAACCCUGGUGCUGCCCCAGGUUAUGCUCCAGCUCCUUUUCUCCAUAUCCUGCCUGCACAUCAGCAGCCUCAUUCACAGAUGCUGCAUCAUCACCUUCAGCAAGAUGGGCAGGGUGGAUCCAGCCAGCGCAACCAGCCCAGCACCAUGCAGCAAAAGUCUCAGGCUACCAAAACUGCCUAUGGCACUUCUCCAUACUGGACUAACUAAAUCUGGGGAAAAAAAAAAAAAAAAAAAAAAAAAAGCUGAAGCCCAAGCUCAUUCCUGAAAUUAGUAGAAGUAACUGCUCAGCCAACUGUCUGUGUGGGGAGAACUGUAGCCAGCCAGCCAUCCUCUGUGUGACUUGCCUGCUUCCUCUUUGAGUUGCUGUUGUAUGUAACAUAUUUAUGUAUGUAUUUGUAAAUGUAACAGAGCCUAAAUGUGGUUUUCUGCAUCUCAGAGCCUGUUUUAUUUUCUUUGUAGGAAGACUAAUUAUUCACUUCCUGUAUACACCUGGGCCUCCUUCCUUGUUUUUCAAGCUUUAUGGGCUUUAUAACUGUGCCAUUUUUAUUGGAGCUAUUUAUUUAGUGCAAUUCUAAAUUCAGACAAAUAUGGAGGCGUGGCUCCUAAAAAAGAAUCAAGAUGUAUCCUGUUUGUUUGAUUUCUGCCCCCACCCCCCAGUAUAGCUGUUAUUUUGCUGUGGAAGAUGAACUCAGGGGCAGUUAGGUCACCUCUUUAUUUUUUAAUUUUUAAAUAAAUAAUCAAAAAAAACUU